AUGACAAAUAACAUACACGGAGAUAUUAAAAACUUAGACCUUGGGCCAGAGUUCAAAAACUGUAAAUGCUUAAAUUUGUGCGAACUACAACUCAUUUUGGGAGAUCAACUUCGUCUGACCUCUAAAAGGAAUGAAGAGGCACAAGCAUUAAUAAAAUCAUCGUUUGACUACGCAAGCAAAUUUGCUACAAUAAAAAAUAGAAGUUCAAUUGUGGAUGUCAGAACAAAUUUAGAAAGAAUAGGAGAAUUGCAUGAAUAUGAAAUUGCCAUGUUAGUUAACUUACUACCGAAAACCAUUUUAGAAGCAAGAUAUUUCAUCCCAUCAUUAAUUCGACUAAAUGAUGAAAUAUUAAAUUCCAUUCUGGAACAUCUAAUUAGUUAUAAGAUGUAUGUAUCGUGA